GGCUGCCCCUCGGCAUCGCUUUCGCCGCGGACGCCUCGUCGCCCUCCAUGGAGCCGGGACUCGCUCUACAAUGACUUUCCCCGAGCUGAGCAAUGCCAGCUUGAGUUGGAACGGGACGGGGCACGGCGGCGCCAACAGGUCCUGGGGGCUGCACGGAGAGGAGGCCGCCGGGGGCAAUGGCACCACGCUGACUUUCGUCUUGGAUGCUCAGGCGGUGGGUGUCGGGGUGUUCCUGGCCGCCUUCAUCCUCUCGGCCAUUGUGGGCAACAUCCUGGUCAUCCUCUCUGUGGCUUGCAACCGGCACUUGCAGACAGUCACCAACUACUUCAUCGUGAACCUGGCCAUCGCCGACCUGCUGCUCAGCACCACGGUGCUGCCCUUCUCAGCCACCCUGGAGGUGCUGGGCUUCUGGGUGUUCGGGCGCAUCUUCUGCAACAUCUGGGCAGCAGUGGAUGUGCUCUGCUGCUCUGCCUCUAUCAUGAGCCUGUGCAUCAUCUCCGUGGACAGGUACAUCGGCGUCAAGUACUCUCUCAAGUACCCCACCAUCAUGACAGAGAGGAAGGCUGGGGUCAUCCUGGUGGUGGUCUGGCUCUCCUCUAUGGUCAUCUCCAUUGGGCCACUGCUGGGGUGGAAGGAGCCCCCACCGCCAGACGAAAGCAUCUGUAGCAUCACAGAGGAGCCAGGCUAUGCUCUCUUCUCUUCCCUGUUCUCCUUCUACCUGCCCCUUAUGGUCAUCCUGGUGAUGUACUUCAGGAUCUAUGUGGUGGCCAGGCGGACCACCCGGAGCUUGGAGGCAGGAGUCAAGAAGGAGAGGAAUAAAUCCAUGGAGGUGGUGCUGCGCAUCCACUGCCGGAGUGUGCUGGAGGAGCCUCUCUCCAGCACUCGGAGCAAGGGGCACAACUUCAGGAGCUCCCUCUCCGUGCGGCUCCUCAAGUUCUCCCGUGAGAAGAAAGCGGCCAAGACUCUAGCCAUCGUUGUGGGCGUUUUCAUCCUCUGCUGGUUCCCCUUCUUCUUUGUCCUGCCUUUUGGUUCUUUGUUCCCGUCUCUGAAGCCCUCGGACAUGGUCUUCAAGGUCAUCUUCUGGCUGGGAUACUUCAACAGCUGCGUGAAUCCCAUCAUCUACCCCUGCUCUAGCAAAGAGUUCAAGCGAGCUUUCAUCAGGCUGCUAAAGUGCCAAUGUCGCCGGAGGAGGAGGCCCAUCUGGCGGGUCUACGACCACCACUGGCGAGGGGCCUCCAUGAACAGCUCUGGGCGAGACUCUGAGGCAGAGCCGAGACCCAGAAUUAGCACCCUGAACAGCUCGUUCAUAUUUAACUCCUCCUUGCAGGAGAGAGCCAGUAAGAGGAGAACACUGAGCUUCAAGGGCUGGAAAAUGCUCACGCCAUUCCAGAAACCAGCAUCCACCCAGCUGAAGGAAAAGAUGAACAGCCUUUCUAACAAAAUCCGGGGUGGCUCCAGCAAAGGAGGGGUGACGGCCACCUACAAAACAGAGGUGGAGUCUGUUUCUAUUGGGAUCCCUCAUGACUUCACGGAAACCAUCGACUAUCAAACCUAUGACUUAACAGACUGCUGUGGGCUGAGAGAAACAGAUAUUUAAAGCCCCUGGGACUCCUGUCGAUGGUUUCUUUAGAGGUAUCUAGCAGCAACACAAAGGGAUGCUGUGGGUCUCUCAGGCAGACUGGAAGCAGAAAUUGGGUAUAAAACAUGGUUACCCAAAGGUUAUACAAGUAUUCCCCUCAUGGAGGUCAGCCCCUUCUCUGGGAUUAUGGGUUCCUCAGAACCAAUGGCCUAUCCCAUUUUAAUAAGCCGUGGCAGAAGGGGAAGACGUGGGGUGGAUAUAGCCUUAGGAAAAGAGCUGUUUCCUCUGAUGGGAUGGUUAUCUGUCUUUGGAAGAAACUGUGUAAUUAAGGGAAAUCCAGAUGUCUCCUUUGCCUUAAAAACAAUACAAAAUACAAUGGAAAGAGCAUACCCCAAUAGAUGCCAACCCUGCCUUAGCGCAUGUGACCACGUUUCUUUCCAGAGGUGGCAUCCAGAAAGGAGGCUGUCCAGUGGUAACUGGCAGCUGGCCCUUGAGCCCGUGGGUUAGGAACUUGCAGGACCACAGGGCUGGACAGGACCUCCAGCCCAGGUCUCUGCUCUCCAGGACAAGAACACUGCAGUGUUCCCAUGCAGGUUGAGGAGGACCAUGGCUC